AUCACGACGUUUCAAUCGCAACACAAGCAGUCAUCAAGAUUAUUAUUUUUUCUACCUACGUGACUUUACCGAAAGAACCAUAGAAUAUGCGUAUGAACUCUUACGUGUGAUAUUUGAAUUAGAGACGUGGACACCGACUUAAAAUGCAACAAAGAUGAAAAGUGUGGAGAGAUGCAGGCUUGGAAUGACACAGAGACAAUUUGCGGAAACACGUCAAAUCAACGAACAAACACAAAUCAGAAAUGCCUUGUUGACUGUUGAGCACAACGCGUCAUCAUGGCCAAGUCGGCGCAGCAUUGUGGGGUCAGCUCGGGGUCACCUGGCGAUGAAGAGUGGCCCAUUUUGCCCUGGCUCUUCCAGCAGACUUGCGAGCCAGAUGAUGAUUGAGGACCAAAUGACGUCGCAUUACAACCGCAUCUCUUCAGCCAAAGCGGCUGUCGAUUCGUCUCUGCCCAAGAGCCUACUGACUAGCGUGAAAUACCGGGACCAGCAGCGGCGGGCGUGGCUGCGGAAGGAGGUGCGUCACGCAGAGCAGGAUCUGCGGAGCAACCCGUCGCUGUCUCGCUCGGGCUCCCGGCCGGCCUCCGCUAGCACCACAUCGCCGUCGCGCGCAUGGAGCCCCUCUCCUCCGACGCGGUGCGGCAGUGCCUUGGUGCUGUCGUCGCGCUUGCCGUCGUGUGCGGGGGCGCCGCGCGACGCCGGACGCUCCUCUUCGCCGCCGCCGCCGCUGCACGGACGAGACGCAGCGCGCUGGGCCGACCUGCGGCACCGCGCCGGAUCCCAGCGUGGUGGGGCGGGCGCGUCCCUGCCCGGCUCCCGGCGCGCCCGGUCCCUACUGUCCUGCCCCUCCGCAGGCGCCGCCUCGGCCCCCGAGCGGCCGCACCGCGACGCUCGCGGCCGCGCGCUUGCGGGCGGCGACGUCCUGGAGAAGCACGCCGAGUCGUUCACGACGGCCGAGCGACCGUUCACACCGCGCGUGCUCAGGUCGGACGCGAGCGCCGCGCUGCUGGCCCGCACGCGUCACUACGCGCCGCCCCGACGCCGGGCUCGCCAGCCGCCUGCCGGGAAGACGUUCGUGGAGAGGGACGCGCAGACGGACCCCGACAGGGAUUCCCGCUUGGAUUGA